CUUUUUUAUUUUAUUUUUAUUUUUUUAUUUUAUUACUUUGACCAUUUUCUACACUUUAUCUAUCUAUUUAAUUUAAACUUAUCAUGACCAUCUGUUUAACUAGCUUGUCAUCCUCUUCUCAGCAUAUACCCGCAUCAUCAUCGUCAUCCUCCUCAUCAUCCAUUGAUAUCAACAGACGCACUUUACAAAUACGUCAAUUACUUCAAGACACAAACAUUGACACUCUAUUUGAUUGUUUAAUUGCACUUCAUCAAGAUUGCCUCGCCCUCAGUCCCAAACAUCAUGAAUAUAUUACCAGUUUCCUCCAUCGGUACGAUUCACUAUGCAAACAAGUCACCAGUUUGCGCAUUAAUAAGCAAGACUUUGAAAUCAUCAAACCACUCGCCAAGGGCCAGUUCGGAACCGUGUCCGUGGUUCGGAGUAAAAUUGACAAUCACAUUUAUGCCAUGAAAGUCCUCAACAAAGAUCAUAUUCUUAAACAACAUGAACGCACAUUUUCCAUGGAAGAACGAGCCGUGUUAUCCCAUCCGAAAAGCAAUCAUUGGAUACCCGCAUUGCAUGCGGCUUUCCAAGACAACGAGAAUUUAUACCUUGUCAUGGAGUACGCUGGUGGAGGGGAUUUGUUUAGUGUACUAGAUCGACAAGAAAAUCUAUGUCUAACAGAAGAUGAAGCUCGGUUCUACAUUGCUGAAAUCAUUCUUGCUAUCCAUUCACUUCACAACCUUGGCUAUCUGCAUCGUGAUAUCAAGCCGCAAAACAUUCUGAUCGAUACCACAGGUCACGUCAAACUGGCCGAUUUCGGUUCAUGUAUCCAUCUUGACCAAAGUAGCAAGGUACCUCCCACAGCUGCCGUCGGUACAUGCGAUUACAUUUCACCAGAAGUGCUUCAAGCCGGUGAAGGCAACAUCACCUAUGGCACCGAAGUGGAUUGGUGGUCGGUGGGCAUCAUAUUGUACGAGAUGUUACAAGAACUACCCCCCUUUUACAGUCCAAGUGAAAACGAGACGUAUCGGAAAAUUCUUUUCCAUGAAACUUCCUGGUCCUUUAACGACGAUAUCCCCAUUUCUGACGAUGCCAAGGACUUGAUCCGCAGAUUCCUCACCAAGAAAGAAACCCGUCUGGGAAACAAUGGUUUGACAGAAAUACAAGCCCACCCAUUUUUCAAAGGAAUUGAUUGGGCCAACCUUCGUCACACCACCCCUCCAUUUAAGCCUGUCCUAGCGUCCCCGGACGACACUUCCAAUUUUUCCACGCACGAUGAACAAGGUCCCACGGCGUUCAGUACGGAUUCAGGCGUGUCUACGGAUCACGGUGGCAUGGAAUCGUUUGAAGGUCGCAAUUUACCCUUUAUCGGGUACACCUAUUCCGCUGCGGUGCAACGUUGGAUGGCCGAUCAUCCCGGUCAGCAUGAUGAACUACAGCAACGUCUGGAACAAUUGCAAAAGACCAUUGACGAGCAGAAAGAACUGCUUCAAUUGCAACCUGCGGUGGACAGUCGACAGCAAUCAACUCAGCAUUGGCAAAACCUGAUAGACCGGUUACAGCGUGUGAAUGGAGAGCUCCAAAGGGACAUUGAGCAGGAACAGCAAAAAGCCGCUCAGCAGCAGGAAUUGUGCCAAAACAAAGACGCUGAAAUCGCCCAGCUUCAAAAAGCACUACAAGACAUGCGACAAGAUAAAGAGCACUGGUUAUCAAAAAUUAAUCAAAUGCAGAAAGAACUGGAUGCUGUUUGCCACAUACCGAAUCUGGAAGUGAAAAUGCACCAAGAGACAUCCAAAUGCGCGCUUUUGGAACAUCAACUUACUGUGGAACAGCAGCGAAGUGAGGCUUUAUCCGACGAGUUACACGAGCUCAAACACCGACAAGACGCUCAACAAAAGACCAUUGACCACUACAAAAGCGAGAUUCAAGCCUACAAGGACGAGUUGCGUUCAUGUCGAGAUAAUCACGUCGAAAAACCCCAGAAUCAGUUACCUGAAGCGACUUGCGUUCCCAGAAUCGACUCUGCUACGACGACGUCUGAAACAUUCGAGUGCAUGACCCCAGCUAGUGACGCUUCUCCGGAAACCCAGCGCAGUCUUCUUUUGACAAUGUGGAAACGGGAUCAAGAGAAAAUCCGAUUGAUGCACCAAGAAAUCAUAGAGUAUCAAACGGAACUGGGCAAAGUCCGGCGUGAAAUGGCGAUUCUCAAAAAGAAACGGUCCAGAUCACGAGCGUCGAUAAAAAAAGCGACAAAUCCAUCCGCCGUGAACACUUUAUUGGCGGAUCAAAAGGAUGUUGCAAGUUCAAGCAGCAAUAUCAAUGAAUUAUUCACCAACGACGAUGAUCCUUCCAGUCGAAACCAUCCAUCACCGCAAGUGUUACAUAUUGCUGCAACGCCCAUUCCCAGCAAAGGCGAUUUUGAGAUGUAUCACGUCGACUUGCGCGACGGAAAAUUGAACGCUUAUCAGCCCUCUCGCAUGGGAAAGGGUUCAGAACCUGAUCUGACCAUUGAUCUUGGAGCGCCGUUGGUGGUGAUUCAGGAAGCGCAAGAAAACACGUGGGGCUUUUCAAAUGACGCUUCCGCCGAUGCAGACAAGUCACUAGUUAUCCGCACCGCAGCCUCAAAGCCAACAAGGAUGGAACCGUGUCAAGCAUUCAAACGACCGGCGAAUCCGUACCAGCUGUUGAGAGCGGAGCAGCAAGCACGUGUGGACCGUAUUGACGAUCAACUCCAACUGGAAGAAAAGUACAUGGAAGGCGCUAAACGGACAUUGGAGGCGCGAGCUAAAUUAAUAUCGGGCUUCAAAGCGAUUGGGAUGCCGGCAUCGACGAAUGCAAAGCAGCAAAAACAAAUUCGAAAGGACCUCGAGCAUGCGAUCAUUCAAGCGAAUGGAAAAAUCCAGCGACUCUUGACGGAGAAGCGGCAACUGCUGGAACGAGCCGGUGGUGACCAAGGAGCGUCGACCAUCCAGAUGAAGGAGAUUCAAGGACACACGUUCCAAUUGAUGAGCGGAGAUGCUCCAUCCCACUGCGGAAGCUGUCAUGACCGACUGUCGCCACAGUCUCCAGGCUGGAUCUGCCAGCAAUGUCACUAUCAAUGUCAUGCUGCAUGUGCGUCCAAAGUUGACAUGUCCUGCCAAGAGUAUCAACACGUCAUGCAGACACUGCCUUACUAUUUGAAACUCAAAGACGUUGACCAGAAACAAACAUGGUACCGACGUCUUUUACAGGAAAAAACCAUCGCCACUUCUUUAUCCUCUCCAAUUUCCCUCAGCGAAAUAAAGAAACGACAUUUGAAUACUUGAAAUACGUAUAGAUAUUAAAAUCAGACAAAAAAGAAACAUGUAUACAGAGGAACGGCAAGUAAAACGAAAGGUUAUCCAAAUAGGGUAAUAAAGAG